GACUCGCUCGAGCAGCACCGAGAGCGCUUCACCUGCAGUUCAGAGCGGCGGCGAGGAAUUGAGCGCGGCAAGGCAGGCGGAGGAAGAGGAGAAGAAGCAGCGGCGACGGCGGCUGCGAAGAGUUGGCGGCUCGGAGGCGCCGCGGGAUAACCAGGCAGCGCCGGGCGGAGCAGGCAGGGCGCGCGCUGGGGGUUGCCCUGCCCGGGCUGAGCGCGGUGGAAGCGGCGGCAGGAGGCAGCAGCAGCUAGCCGGGCAGGCGGGCGGGCGAGCCCGGCUCGGGAUCGGCGGAGAUGCCCCUGGGCUCGAGGAUGCUACUUCUCUUGCUGUUUUGCUGCGGGGGCUCGGCCCGGGCGCCCAAUGGGGAUCUUACAGUCAGACCCACUUGCAAGCCAGGCUUCUCGGAAGAUGAUUACACAGCGCUGGUUUCCCAAAACAUCAUGGAAGGGCAGAAGUUACUCAAAGUGAAAUUUAGCGGCUGCUCUGAGAGCAAAGGAAUCCAAUACGAAACUGACAACUUGGACUUCAAGGUGAGGACAGAUGGGACUAUCUACGCCACCCAACAGGUGCAAAUCCCCUCGGAGCAGACAAUAUUUAUGGUGACGGCAUGGGACCACCAGGCCGUAGAAAGCUGGGAAACUAUGGUCAGGUUACUGGUGGGAGAAAAAUCACAACACAAGGGACACAAGCAGAAAGGAAAGAAGAACACGUCAGCAGACCUCCUGCAGCAGCCGAGCGACACUCUCCUGCCCUGGCGCCAUCAGCAGAAUUCUCAUGGGCUGAGGCGGCAGAAGCGAGACUGGGUCAUCCCGCCGAUCAACGUGCCAGAGAAUUCGAGAGGACCCUUCCCACAGCAGCUGGUUAGGAUACGUUCGGAUAAGGACAGCGAGAUCCACAUAAGAUACAGCAUCACUGGCGUGGGAGCUGACCAGCCACCUAUGGAAGUCUUCAACAUUGACCCUGUGUCUGGGAGAAUGUACGUGACCCGUCCGAUGGAUAGAGAAGAAAGAGCAUCCUAUCACCUUCGAGCGCAUGCAGUGGAUAUGAAUGGAAACAAAGUGGAGAACCCCAUUGAUCUCUACAUCUACGUUAUUGACAUGAAUGACAACAGGCCAGAGUUCAUAAACCAAGUCUAUAACGGAUCCGUUGAUGAAGGAUCCAAACCAGGAACCUACGUGAUGACAGUGACAGCCAACGAUGCAGAUGACGUCACUACAGCCAACGGGAUGGUGAGGUACCGGAUUGUGACGCAAACCCCUCAGAGCCCAUCACAGAACAUGUUCACCAUUAACAGUGAGACUGGAGACAUCGUCACGGUGGCUGCUGGGCUUGACAGAGAGAAAGUUCAGCAGUACACAGUCAUCGUUCAGGCCACAGAUAUGGAAGGAAAUCUUAACUACGGUCUCUCGAACACGGCGACGGCAAUCAUUAUGGUGACAGAUGUGAAUGACAACCCACCCGAAUUCACUGCCAGCACCUAUUCCGGUGAGGUCCCAGAAAACAGAGUGGAAGUUGUGGUCGCUAAUUUGACAGUCAUGGAUAGAGAUCAGCCUCACUCGCCCAACUGGAAUGCCGUUUACCGGAUUAUCAGUGGAGACCCUUCUGGUCACUUCACCAUCAGGACAGACCCCGUUACCAAUGAAGGGUUGGUAACAGUUGUGAGGGAAGUUGACUAUGAGAUGAACAGAGCCUUUAUGCUGACAGUGAUGGUGUCCAACCAAGCUCCUCUGGCCAGUGGCAUCCAAAUGUCCUUCCAGUCUACUGCUGGAGUCACCAUUUCAGUCACCGAUGUCAAUGAACCACCCUACUUCCCCACAAACCACAAGCUCAUCAGGCUGGAGGAAGGAGUACCUACAGGGACGGCAUUGAUGACUUUUUCAGCUGUGGAUCCUGACCGGUUCAUGCAGCAAGCUGUAAGAUACUCCAAGCUGUCAGAUCCUGCAAACUGGCUGAACAUUAAUGCCACAAAUGGUCAGAUCACCACUGCUGCCAUCCUUGAUCGCGAGUCGGCCUACAUUAAGAACAACGUCUACGAGGCUACGUUCCUGGCAGCUGACAACGGUAUCCCCCCGGCCAGUGGCACUGGCACACUCCAGAUCUAUCUAAUUGACAUCAACGAUAAUGCUCCUGAGCUCCAGCCAAAGGAGGCACAGAUCUGUGAAAAGCCAAACCUGAAUGUCAUCAACAUCACAGCCGCCGACGCUGACAUCGAUCCAAACAUUGGGCCCUUUGUCUUUGAGCUGCCAAGUGUGCCAUCUGCCAUCAGGAAGAACUGGACCAUUACGCGGCUAAAUGGUGACUACGCCCAACUCAGUUUACGAAUAAUGUACUUGGAAGCUGGUGUCUAUGAUGUUCCGGUCAUCGUGACGGAUUCUGGAAACCCUCCUCUGUUCAACACGUCCGUCAUUAAGGUCAAGGUGUGCCCUUGUGAUGAAAACGGAGACUGCACCACUGUAGGAGCCGUUGCCGCAGCUGGGCUGGGAACAGGAGCCAUCAUUGCUAUCCUGAUAUGCAUCAUCAUUUUACUAACCAUGGUUUUGCUGUUUGUGGUGUGGAUGAAGCGCAGGGAAAAGGAGCGUCACACAAAACAGCUUCUCAUUGACCCUGAGGAUGAUGUCCGGGAUAAUAUUCUGAAGUAUGAUGAGGAAGGAGGUGGAGAAGAAGACCAGGAUUAUGAUUUAAGUCAACUUCAGCAGCCAGAGAGUAUGGAUCACGUCUUGAACAAGGCAAACGGAGUCAGACGGGUAGACGAGAGACCAGUUGUUGCUGAGCCCCAGUAUCCUAUAAGACCUGUAAUCCCCCAUCCUGGGGACAUCGGGGACUUUAUUAAUGAGGGCUUGAGAGCGGCAGAUAAUGACCCGACGGCCCCACCCUACGACUCCCUUCUUGUCUUUGACUAUGAGGGCAGUGGUUCAACAGCAGGGUCUGUUAGCUCACUUAACUCCUCGAGCUCCGGAGAUCAAGAUUACGACUACCUUAACGACUGGGGGCCAAGGUUCAAGAAACUGGCGGACAUGUACGGGGGAGGCGAGGAUGACUAAACUGACCUCACUUUAUUGUUUUGCAAAAGGGAAAAGAAAGAAAGGAAGAAAGGAAAGCUAUAGCAUUAGAAGAUGAUGAUGAUGAAGAUGAAGAAGUAAAAAAAGAAACCCAGUGUUGAGGAAGAAAGGAGUGAAAGCAGACUAAACAAGAACUGUACAGAAGUGGCAGCUUUUUUAAAAUUAAUAUCUCCUGCUGACUGUAUUCCUUUGAGUGGUGACUUAGAAAGUUUAUUUUCCUCUUUUUUUUCUUUAUUUCUGUUUCUCUCUCUUCCCCCCCUUUUUUAAAGAACAUCGAGCUGUCUAGCAUGAACACUCAUCUCUGCUGCGGUUGUGUUUUUUUGUCCCCCCCCCAAAAAAAAAUUGUUUUUCUUUUCCCCCGAUGUGUCAGCAGGGAUAUUGCUUGGUCUAUCCACUUUAUGACUAAAGGGAGUGAAAGGCACUCUGUCUUAACUUGAAUUUCUUAGAACAGAAGCACUGUUUUUAAAAUAUAUAUACAGAUAUAUAUAUUUGAAAGUGCCUUUUGGUACACGUAUCAGAUUCCCUCAAUCUCAGGAGUGUUCAAAAGAAACAAACAAAAAUAAUUUACGUUUCCACCGUCUUGGACACCACACUCUAUAUGACCCUAUGCCAGUUCUAGCUGGGAAGGAAUUAACAAAACAAAAACCAGGAACUAUGGAAUGGUUUCUCUUUUUGGGCCUUUUUGCUAUUUUAAAAAAAUAAUGGGCAAGUUGUUUGUGGGGUGGGGGGGGAAACUAAGGAAGAAAGAUGCUUUGAAUUAAAACAAAAAAAGAAAAAAGAAAACUGCUAUCUUUUGGCCUAAAGCAGAUGGUGAACUGAGUAAACCUGUUGUGUAUAUAUAAUUCAUUGUUUAGCCGAUGCAAACUAUCGAUCUGGGUUUUCUCUUUGUGACCUGGUCACACGUGAUGUAGCUUCCUAGAACAAUAGCAUUGGUUAGCCUUUGGUGCGUGUGACACAAAAGACCUUGCAUAAGCCCAACAGUAAAUGAUGACAAGACCAAA